AUGCCAAAGUUCGACGGACCUAGCACCUCCUCUGCGCCAUACGGCCCCCCACGGAAGCGCAAGCAGCGCACGCGCACCCUCGCUACGUCGGACGAGGUCGCGGCGCGCAAGGCCAUGCGCGAACUUUCUAUCGACCCAGCAGCCGCGGCGAGCAGCGACACCACCGGCCUGGCGGCGGCCAUGCGCGUCAUGCGGCUCAAGUUCGCCGCGACAGAGGAGGGCGAGAUCGACCCCGGCGAGGGGGUGGAAGGCGCUGGAGUCUCUGCCCCGCACGACACCGCCAACGAAAUGUCGGACCCCGCCGCGGUCGUGUAUUCCCCGCAGCCGAGCUUCACCCCCGAAGUUCCCGCGUGUUACUGGGGCCCGGAGUCGAUCGAGCCGUGGUCCUGGCUCGACGAGGACGAGGAGGACCUCACCCUCGAAGAGUGCAUUGCGCGGGGAUACCCCGCGCGUCUGCACACGCGCGCCGACGACGCCGCGCGCCUGGUCGUCUACGCGGCGGCCAUGGCGGCGGGCAUGCUUGCCGGGUAUGAGCGCGCGCAGAAUUACCGCGGCGUCGACGAGCUCACGCUGCGGCUUCACCUGGUGCACACGGUGCUCAAGGAACGCGACGCCCAGCGUGGACGAUACAGGGGCAACUUUGACACGUUCCUGGAGGACCGCAUGCGCGAGUUCAACGCCGAGUUCGAGAGGGUCGUGACCUAUGUCCCGAAGGUGUGGGACGACGAGCUGGCGUUCCGCGCCACAGCACAGCGCGCCGUCACCUCCGCGCUAUCCAUGACCUUCCUGGAGGCGGACAGCACGGAACAGUGGCCCUGGUACACUGUCCCCGUGCCGCUCAGCCUGUCCGACCUGGGCCGCUUCGGCUCGUGCGCGGUGGAGUGUUUCGCGCAGCUGGAACCCGUGGAUCUCGAGCCACUCAUGGAGGGCAUGGGCAUCGGCGAGGGGUAUGCCGAGGACGACGCCAUGGACGGCACCUACCAGGACGUGGACGAGGGCGGCGGCGAUGGCGAGGACAUGGAGGCCUUCGAGGCCGGCCUAGCGGGCGUCCACGACGACCAGUGGACUACGAUCUCGUAG